UAGGCUGUCCUUGGCUUUACCAUUACUAAUUAGCAGAAGUCAAUAUGCUUUUGUUAAAGUCCGGCUCAUUAGUGAUAAUAUAUUAAUAGCAACAGAGCUAGUAAAGGACUAUCAUAGAGGUCGAAUAUCUCCUAGGUGUGCACUCAAAAUAAAUCUAAUGAAGGCUUUUGACUCGGUUGAUUGGUUGAUUCUGUUUAAAGUUAUGAUGGUUAUGGGAAUGCCAGAUCAGUUUGUUAAGCUUGUUGAGUCGUGUGUACAAUCCCCUAUGCUUAGUAUUUCGUUCAAUGGUGGUUUAUGUGGCUACUUCCAUGCGGCUAAGGGAUUAAGACAGGGGGACCCGCUUUCCCCCUAUCUUUUCACGAUUGCUAUGGAAGUGUUUUCUUGCCUACUGACUAGAGCUGUUAGACGUAACCAAAUACCAUUUCACCCUCGUUGUAAGAGCCUGGAGAUAACACAUCUCUGUUUUGCGGAUGAUUUAUUAAUGUUAUCUAAUGGACCAUCUGAGGCACUGGCUGGGAUACAGCAAUUGCUUGCACAGUUCUAUUCCAUGUCUGGCUUGAAAUGUAACCCUCAAAAGUGCCAACUGUUUUGUGCCGGGCUUUCUCAAGAAGAAAAGCAAGUAUUGUUUGAUCAGUUUGGAUUCCCCUUAGGUGAUUUACCUUUCCUGUUACUUGGGUGUGCCUCUCCCUUCUGGAAAACUGAAUUUUGUUGAUUGUGACUGUCUUGUUGAUAAAUUACUAAGAGGAUCCAGACUUGGCAAGCUAGAACCAUGAGUUAUGCAGGGAAGUUGCAAUUAAUAUAUUCAGUUAUUACUUGUGUAUUCCAGUAUUGGAUGUCAAUUUUUUUUUCUUACCCUAAAGGUCAUUCGAAUGAUUGAAGAUGUUUGUAAUAACUUCUUGUGGGGAGUUGAUGGUACUAAGAGAAAGAAAGCUCUUGUUGCUUGGUCUAAAGUUGCUUUGUUAAGGCAAGAGGGUGGCUUGGGGAUACGUGAUUUCAAAACAUGGAAUAAAGCAUGUGUGAUCAGACAUUUGUGGAACCUCCUAGCUGAAGCGGGGUCACUUUGGGUGGCCUGAAUGAAGAAAUAUAGGGCGAAGGGUAGAAGCAUUUGUUCUAUUUCUCCUAACACUGUUAGCACCUAGGUUUGGAGGAAGAUUUUGAAGUGUAGGUGCUUGGCUCAGCAGCAUAUAACUGGAGCAGAGGAAUCUUUGGCCUGGGAUGGGGUUGUACUUGCUCGAUACUCAGUCAAGUAGGUAUGGGAAUCCAUUAGGGUCUCUAGUCAACUUCUGUCAUGGUAUAAGGUUGUAUGGACAAAGCCAAUUUUCCCUAAGCACUGUGUUUUGCUUUGGUUGAUAAUUCUGGAAAGAGUUCGCACAAAGAAACAGCUGGCCAGUUGGGGAGUGCAGUGUGAUGUUGCCUGUGUUUUAUGCCCUGGUGGAAUUGAAACUCAUGAUCACUUGUUUAAUGCAUGUUCUUUUAGUAGGGAUUUGAUGAAGGCGCUUUUGCAGGGUGUGUGUUGUUUCCCUGACUUUGCAGAUUGGGUGGCACAACUUCGAUGGGCUGAGACUGCCUGGAGUCGCUCUACUGAUGCAGCAACAGUGGGGAGAGUCCUGUGGGUUAUCGGUAUAAGCAUGAUUUGGAAGGAACAUUGUGCUAUAGUGCAUGGGGAGAGGGGUGCACUGACUCCAGCUCAGAUGGUGAUGAAGGUUAAGCAGGAGUUUUCCAUUUUUGCCAGCAUCCAGAUUGAGUUCCAAUUGAAGGUGCAGAAGACCCUUGAGGUUAUAUAGUGUAUAGCGUGAUAUAUGUUUUGGUUGUUGUUUUGUGAUUUUAGUUCAUAUAUUGUAGUUGAACGAGUACCUUUUUGAGAUGGAGGUUGCGAGUUGUGCCUCUCCGAGCUUCAAUGCAUUUUUUAUUAACCAUAAAAAAAUUAAAACGAAAAAACUCCACAAUUGCACCCCUUCGUUGCGCGUCCUCUUUCCUUUUCCUUUGCGGAGAACAAAUUCCAGUCACCAAAUUCCUUAGCCACUGUGAAAACGUUUUGGUCGUUCCUUUGCUUUACGUUUUCACGUGGCAUUGGCCACCAACGAAACCAUGCAUCAAUUCUCUUUACUUCUCACUUUGCAUAAUAUAUCACGAUUUAUUAU